AUGUCGAGUCGACCGACCCUUAUCUUCAUACCAGGGUCCUGGCAUAGACCCACAUGCUACGACCCGAUCAUUAAGCUCCUGGAGCCCAAUUUGAGAUGCGUCGCAGUGUCUCUUCCCUCGACAGCAUAUGAUCCCGAAGCGACCUUCAAAGAUGAUCUCGGUGCAGCCCGCGAUGCGAUUUCCGCUGAGACAAGUAACGGGCGCAAUGUCGUUGUCAUUGCGCACUCAUAUGGCGGCUUGGUGGGCAACAGCGCUAUCAAAGGCUUCACAAAGCCAAAGGACGCUGAUGACAGUCGAUCGGGAUACGUAAUUGGACUAAUUCUCAUAGCCUCUGGCUUCACCUUGACUGGGCUGUCCUUCAUGGAUCCAUUUUUUGGUCGUCCGCCGCCUGCUUGGCGUGUGAAUAACAAGACCGGCUACGCUGAGCUUGUCACUUCCCCACGGGAACUGUUUUACCACGACCUGCCAGAGGAAGAGGCAAAAUACUGGGUUUCUCAGCUUACGAGUCAGAGUCUGAAGGCGUUGUUCGAAGGCGGCGAGUACACUUAUGCCGGGUGGAAAGACGUGCCGUCAUGGUACAUUGGGACUGUGGAGGAUCGGGGAAUACCAGUGCUGGCUCAGCGGAUGUCAGUUGGUAUGGCGAGAGGAAUGGGGGCUAGUGUGGAGCAUCGAGAGCUGCAAACGAGCCAUUCGCCUUUCCUGAGUCAACCUGGAUUGACGGCGGAAAUCAUUUUGGAGGCCGUUGAUGCAUUUACCCAUUCCAGGAGAGACGAGUCCAAGUCGGCCGUCGACAGAGCUGAAAAUGCGAUAGUCGUGCCGGGUGCUGCCCUCUUGAAACCAUUAACAUGGUUCAAAUUUGGACUGCCGAUGGCCUUUGGCUGUGUGUUGGGCAGAUGCAUUCUUUUUUUUGGCUGGGGAAGGAGGCUGUGGAGAGCCGGGUUCCGUUGA